AUGGCAACGCAAACAGCUGUGGACGUGCGCCCUGCGCACCGGGGACGUGGCUCAGAGAGCGAUAGCUCGCUGGACGAGAUCGCGCAAGAGAAGCAGCAGGCGCAAACCCUUAACCACGGUAAAAUCGACGACGCAGCAUCCCCGAAGCGAUGGAAGAGCUUCUGGUCCGCAUUCCGACACCUGGCGCAUCUCACGCCGAAGGAGGUGGACGAUUUCAUGGCCUCCUACGUCAUCUAUAACCUCGACUGGUCCGACGAGAAGCAAAUGACCGAGACAUUGGGCCCCAAUUACCAGGAGAAAGUCGGUGACUGUUUGAAGUCGUACUAUGGCGUGCUGAACCAUCUCUGCGCGCUGGGCGACGUCGAGAAAAUGUACAUCCCACCCUGGAUGAACCCCAAGUCCAACUGUCUCGAGAACCAGAUCCUAUACGAGCGCUCAAUCGCAGAGGACAUCGGCCUCACGGCUGGUAAGAAGGUCCUCGAUCUCGGCUGUGGCCGUGGCCGCGUCGCCGCUCACAUGGCGCAACACACCGGCGCACAUGUCACCGGUCUGAACAUCGAUCCGAACCAAAUCGCACAAGCCACCAGCUUCAAUGCCGAGCGCGGCCUCCAGAACAACUUCGUCACGCAAGACUUCAACGACCUCCCUCUGCCCUUCGCCGACGAGAGCUUCGAUGCCUUCUAUCAGAUCCAAGCACUGUCUCUGUGCAAGGACCUCCCCGCGCUCUUCCGCGAGAUCUUCCGCGUUGUCAAGCCUGGCUCCAAGAUCUCACUCCUGGACUGGAUCAGUCUGCCCGACUACGACGCCAGUAACCCCGAACACGCCGAGCUCAUGCGCCGAGUGAAGCCGCUCAUCGGUGCGGUCGGUACACCGACACAGGACAUUUUGGAGAAGGCGCUCAAGGAGUCUGGGUUUGAGAUUGUGCGGUCGCAGAAUGCCAGUAUCGAUGGCCUGCAGGCUCCGUUGAUUGAUACCGUGGAUGUCUACUUCCGCACUUUGCGCCAGGCCAUCCUGGCGCUGGUCAAGGUGCAUGUCGUCCCGAAGCACUUCAAGACCUUGAUCAACCGUCUUUGUUUGGAUGGUCAGGCAUUCGUCAAGAUGGAUCGUAUGCGUCUGGCGACCACGAGUUAUAGCAUCAUUGCGCAGAAGCCCGUGGCAUAA